GCAAGCAGUGUGGGCACAACAUCAACAGGCCACCAAAACACUUAAACCAACCAUGGAGUAUCCUGAGGAUUUCUACAGUUCUAACUUUACUGAUCUGUCUGACUAUGUCCUGCCUGAUAUUUUUGACACUUUGACCCCUGAGAUUCAGCCCAUCCAGAUAGUGGCUCUGGUAUUGUAUGGUCUUGUGGUUCUGCUGGGUGUCCCUGGAAAUGCUCUGGUCAUUUGGGUGACAGGAUUCUGUAUGCCCAGCUCUGUCACUUCGGUCUGGUUCCUCAACCUCGCCCUGGCUGAUCUUCUGUGCUGCCUCUCCAUCCCUCUGCUCAUGGUCCCUUUGGCCCAUGACGACCACUGGCACUUUGGCCCGCUGGCCUGCACGCUGGUCAAAGGCUUGUUUUACCUGGUGAUGUACUGCAGUGUCCUGCAGCUGGUUUUGAUCAGCGUGGAUCGCUGGAUGCUGGUCAGCAGACCCGUCUGGUGCCAAAACAACAGACGCCCAAAACAGGCAGCCUGUGGGUGUGUUGUUGUUUGGUGCCUGGCCGUGAUAGGCAGUAUCCCUCAGUUUAUCUACACUAUGGAGAUUGAAGCAGGUGAAGAGAAGCGAGAGUGCCUGACAGUGAACACUGUAUUCAGUGCCUGGAUGCUCACCUCCUUCCGCUUCCUUCUGGGAUUCGUCCUCCCUUUCCUGGUUAUUGUAAUCUGUCACUUGGUGGUGUACCGGAAAGCAGAGAGUGGACUGUCACGUGGUCGGACCCGUUCCAAGCGAACGCUGAGAGUCAUCCUUGCUGUGGUGCUGAGUUUCUUCCUGUGCUGGCUCCCUCUGCACAUAGUGGACUUUCUCAUAUUGAUCACCCCUCGACACUCCCCCCACAGCCCCAAAGUUUACCUGGCUCACAUUUUAGCCCUCUGCCUGGCAUAUUUCAACAGCUGCCUCAACCCAUUGCUGUAUGUGUGUCUGGGCAAAGGGUUCAAAGACAGCAUGAACCGCUCCCUGCGCAACAUGCUCCACUUCAUCAGCGAGGACCCUACAACCAGAGUCAGCAUCACGACGACUGACACCAAGAGCACCAGCAAUGGAAAGGAAACGACUAAAAUCUGAUGGUAUGUUGACUCUGAUGCAAUGUUCUCACAUUACUGUGGUCUCUAAGACUGAGGUUUGGACUUUGAAGCACCGAUUUAUUUUAACAGGAGAGAACUCUUCUUGAUUCCUGCACUGAGCUUGGACAACCACUGAGCUUCACCAUAACCCACUGGUGCCAUUACAAUAAACAAUGAACUGUAAAUAUUUUUAAACUGGUUAAACUUAAAGAAUGUAAGUAAGUCCUCCCUUCAGAAUCUGAGUUAUCUGGACUUGAGUUGAAGAAUUAGUUCAAAGUCGUCUUAUGAGUUUAGAAGAUACUGUCAGACUUCGGUAUGAUGUUUUACAGUGAAUACUGGUCUAAUUAACGCUGAGUUUUGACUCGGAAAGUGUGAACACAAACUGCUGUCAUGAGAUAUUUUGCAAGAGACUUUUGCGUAGGUAAAACACAAAGAUAAUCAGGACUGCCAUCAGUUCCUGACGUGAUUACACAUCAGGAACUAUUGGCCAAUCUGUGUGUGUCUUAACACUUCUGUUUUUUGCUCUGACGCAUUCCUGAUCUCAGGUCUGAUCUGCUUUUUGCGUGUUGUAAUUCCUGUUUGUUGUCAGAAAUUAGAUACUGAAAUGAACAUUACUGUAUGGCAUAAAGCACUAAUAAUUAAUUCUUGUGACACACAUGAGCACACAGAUUUGACCACUCGCUUGUGUAACAGCAAUAGCUUUACCACAGUGAAAAAAGAAAGUCGUGUUCUUAUGUUCUAACAAUUCAUUCACAGACCACAAGAGGGAGCCAAGCUCAAAGCUCUGAAUGGCUGAUGUGCAAAGGAUAAUGGGCCUCUUGAGUGAGACCCAUUGUAUGAGGGCUCAUGUUAGUGUGACAGACCCUAAAGAUAAAACAUACAGAUUAGAGACUGGUAACAUGAGCUUCAGUCCGUUUGUCAAAUAAAUGUACCUCUAAUGCACUAAUCAGCAUGUCUACAGAAGUCUAUGAAAUGUAAAUUAAUUUUUCACUAAUUUUUAUAACUUGCCUAAUACAUGUUUAUAUUAAAAGAUAAGAUUUUACUGAAAAUGUAAGGAAAAACAAAAUAAUAAAAAUGUGCUAAUGUACCAAAAUUAAGAACAAAAUUGCCUUUAUUUAAAAACUACAUUCAUUGCAAACAAGGCCACGUGAUGGUAUAUACAAAAACAUACAUAUUUACAAGAGUGAGUUAGUCUGUGUGUCUAUGUCAAUGAAUUUGUGCACUUAAACAUACUGUAUAUGCAGGCAUGCAUGUACAUGGUCCCUUACUAUGGCCUCU